AUGGCUAAGAGAAAACACGUGGUUGAAUCUGAUAGCGAAGAGGAGUUUAAAGCAAGCAGGUUUGUCGACGUAGAGGCGUCUGAAGAUGAGUCGUCAGACAAUGAAAGCAUGGACGACUUCAUCAACGAAAUUGCAGAAGACGUGGAAGUGGCAGAGGAAGGAGGAGAGGAAGAGACAGCAGAAGAAGAGGGCCAGGAGAACUACGCGAGCUCAAGCAGCGAAAAGCUCGAGGACUUUGAGGAGUACACAAAAACCGUGGAAGAAAGGUACAAAACAGUAGACGCAGUGGAGAUAGAGGAGAUACCGCAGCAGCUGCUGCUUCCCACAGAUAAGUCGCCAAAGCUCUGGCUGAUACGGUGUGCGCCAGGAAAAGAAAAACAGCUGGUGCUAUCGAUCAUAAGAAAAACAAUGCACAGCAAGCUAAACAUCGCAUCAGUCCUAGCGAACGAGCUCGUGAAGGGGUACAUAUACAUAGAAGCAUACCAGAAACAGCAGGUGCUGCAGGCGAUAGAAGGAAUCUCAGGUGUCUUCAAAUCAAACAUAGCACAGGUGCCGAAUAAAGAGAUGGCGGAUGUCCUCUUUAUACCAGAGCUGGAUACAGUUGUGUUCAAGAAAGGAAACUACCUGAGGAUAGUGAAGGGAAGGUACGCAGGAGAGAUAGGAAGAGUGGAGUCAAUAGGCAGCACAAAAGAGAUGAUAUCCAUGAAGAUAGUGCCGAAGGUAAACGGAAAGUACAAGCUAUUCAGCGCAAAGGACUAUGCAGAGUCUGAGGUGUAUAAAGUGCCAGACGGAAAGUGGGUGUACAAUAAAGACAUGUAUAAAGAUGGGUAUUUAUUAAAGGACAUACCGGUAAGUUAUUUAUCACCAACACCAACUAUCGCACGGGAAGAGAGAAAGUGGUUUGACACGGCAGAGAACAAAAAGAUAACAGGCGCGCUCUUUGUGAAGAACGAAGUAGUAGAGGUGAUGUACGGAGGCCUGAAGGGGGCAGUGGGAAAGAUCCUGACCGUGGGAGAGGAUGAGGCUGUGAUAAAAAUAGGAGAAAGAAAAGUAUCUGUCUCUCUCGCAGAGAUAAAGAAGAGAUACUCGAUUGGCGAUGAAGUGCAGGUGAUCUCGGGAAGAAAAAGAGGAAAGCACGGAUUUGUGGUGGGGAUGGCAGGAAGCAAGCUGAUGAUAGGCGUAAACAACUUCAGCGAAGAGAUAGAGGUAGAUCUGGAAGAAGUGAAGCUGAGCGCAGUCCCAGACACAGAGCCAGAAAAGGCCAAGACACAGCUCAAGAUAGCAGGAAGACCGAAAAGAGACCCCCUUGUUGACAGACAGGGAGAGAUAACAGCAGGAGAGUACAAGGGAAAGAGAGGAACAAUAAAAGAUGUCCUCGCAGAUACGUUCAGAGUGCAGCUGAUAACAACCCUGAAGUGCGUAUCCGUUGAUAGAAAGGAUUUUUUGAUCCACAAAAAGAACACAGCCCCGCCAAUGGGCACAGAAACUACGCCGCGACAGCUCCUUGAGCGCAUGGGCAAAGAGAGAAAAAACUCAGAGGAGGAGGAAGAGGACGAGAGCACCACAAUGGUCCAGGAUGGAAACGAAACCCCAGAGAUAGAGCACACCCCGUACACACCCGGAGGAUACAAGCUGGACAAUUUGUCAGAUGAUGAGUAG